ACAUAAACCCUAAAUCUAUCCCCCCUUAUAUUUCUUUCAUCUUCUUCUUCUAUUCUAGGUUUUCUCUCACUGCCGUCGCCAGAAAACUAACCAUCGAUCUAAAUCUCUUCUCCUCCGUUUCUCUGCAACUAAUCAGCAAAAAUGGUGGCCGUUAAGAAAAUGAAGAAGACUCAUGAGAGUAUUAACAACAGACUUGCUCUUGUGAUGAAGAGUGGGAAAUACACCCUUGGUUACAAAACAGUUCUUAGGACUCUCAGAAGCUCCAAAUCAAAGCUCAUUAUCAUCUCAAACAAUUGUCCUCCUUUAAGGAAAUCUGAGAUUGAGUACUAUGCUAUGCUUGCUAAGGUUGGAGUUCACCACUUCAAUGGAAACAAUGUUGACUUGGGAACAGCUUGUGGACGAUACUACCGUGUUUCAUGCCUUAGCAUCAUUGAUCCAGGUGAUUCUGACAUCAUCAAAACCCUUCCUGGUGACCAGUAAAGGGCAGAAAGACCUAGUGUAUGAGUCACUAGAUUAUGAUUUUGCUUGUUCGGUUGUCUCUUUUUGUAUCUCUACUCUAUUUAGUUUAAGUUGAGUUUUAGUUGAAUUCAAUUAACCUUUUUUAGGUUUGUUUCAAACUUGUAAUGAUGGAAGAACACAUUAAUACUUAUUUUGGGAGAUGAUAGUAUGCCUUUGCACUUUAUGAAUGCCGUAUGACUUGUGUUUUAAUUCGCUAUUUCA